UCACCACCAUGCGCAUCAGAUUUCUUGCUGUGAGGACGGGCUGUGUUCGAGUGAGUGCGUGAGGCACAGUUUGAAAGCAGAGGGUGAAGGAGUUGUGCGGACAUACGCCGGACUGACGAUACAUCGCAAAGAAAUCAAAGCGACGCUGCGCGAAAGAAAGCCGCUAAGUUUAGAAGCAACUAUGGAAAGAACGAUGCUGGGACGCUUCGGGGUUUGCACCGUGUUUGCCUUAACGCUACAAGUGUGUUUGGCUGCAGUCACGGUCAAUGUGAUCCCAAAGGUGGAAGUUAUAAAAGGAGACACGGUCCAGCUGACCUGCACAUACAUCACUACUGAAACUGCCUCCUCUUUUGUGGUCCAGUGGUUCAUUGAGAUUGCAGGUGCAAGGGAGCGAAUAGCUUACUGGCAAUCGAAAGGUGAUGCUGGCGUUGAUGCCAACACAUUGUUGACAGAACGGUUGACCCUGGGAAGUGACAAGUCCAUCACCAUCUCCCCCGUCAAUGUGGAAGAUGAGAUGACUUAUUACUGCCAAGUAACUGGAGGGCCCGUGGGAACCUCUGAGGGUGAAACCGUGGUGAAAGUUUUCAAUGCACCAGAGAAGCCGAUGAUAUCUGGCAAUAAUCAGGCCAUCACUGUCAGUCAUGGCUCAGCCCCCUCAUCCCAGGUUGGUAAAUGUACCAGCAGGAACGGUCACCCUGAACCUCGUAUAGUCUGGUUCAAGGAUGGCAAACCUCUGCCUGUAGUGAAGGACCAAAAGGAAAAAACAUUCAUGAUACCAAGUGUAGUGAAGGAAGCCUCAGGUCUGACCACUGUGACCAGCAUACUGUUUAUGCAGCCAGAAAAAGCUGAUGCUAAAUCAGUCUUCCACUGCACCGUUGAGUACAGCAUGCCAAGAGACCAGACCAAACAGGACAGCUCGGAAACAUUCAGUCUCUCGUUGCUCUAUCCAUCAGAAAACGUGUUCUUUAAACUGAUGAAUCAAGGGCCAAUCAAAGAGGGGGAUGAUGUGGAUAUGAUCUGUGAGACUGAUGGUAACCCUCAGCCAGAGAUUUCUUUUUAUCAAGUGACUACUCCUGAGGACAAAAAACUACCAGCGUCAGCAGGGAAGUUGGUCCUGAAGAACGUGACUCGUAACGAUGCUGGAAACUAUAAAUGUGAAGCGGAGGACUUUGAUGCUGUGGUUGAUCUUGUCAAGACUUUGAGCUUUUCUGUGCAUUAUCUUGAACUUGUGGAAGUGGAUCCAAAAGGUCCUUUGUUUCCAUCUCAGGGAGAUGCUGUGGAGCUUCAAUGUAAGACCCAAUCCUCAGACGAAUACACCCUGAAGUGGAAGAAGGACUCAAAGGUAUUGUCGCAGAAUGGUGUGUUAAGUUUUCAGUCGGUAUCUCUCUCUGACGCUGGUGUGUAUAUAUGUGUGGGAGCUGUACCCUCUGUGCCAGGCCUCCAAAAACAAGCCAAUGUCACCCUUACCGUAAAAGGUAAACCUGAGAUUGAUACUCCAGUGGAUGUUUUCAUUGCCAAGGAGGGAGGAUUAAUCACUCUCAACUGCUCUGCUCUUGGUUUUCCCGCUCCACAGUUCACCUGGACACCCUCUGGCAAAGAGUCAGUAACAGUAAUGGGAAAUAAGGUGAUCAGCAGAAUCAUGCUUGAAGCCACAUCUGCAGUCCUGAAGGAUGGUGUCAAGUGCGAAGCAUCCAACGAAUUUGGAAUGGACAGCAAGAAGUUCAAGGUUUCCAUCAAAACAGAGCCAGUGACACACGAAGAUGCCAAUGCAGCUAACCGAGGGAACCCCAUGUUUAAAACAGCAGAUAGACAGCAGGCGGGUUCGAGCUCGGUCGUGAUCGCUGUGGUGGUGUGUGUUCUGCUGCUCCUUCUGCUGGUGGCUGGACUCUUCUUCCUCAAUAAGAAAGGCAAGCUGAGCUGCGGAAAAAAGAACAAGAAGGAUGUGGCCUCUGGGGACAUGAAAGGUGGCAUCGUUGUGGAGAUGAAAUCUGGUGAAAAGGGCAAUGAGGAGUCCGGUCUGCUAAACAAACCCAAUGCAGAUCAGUGUUAAAGAAAGAAGACAACAGGAGGAAUGCAAGAGGAGAUGAAGCGAUGGAAUUGGAGCGCUGUUUUUUCUUCAUGAACAUCAGGCUACAUUGAGAAGAGAGAAGAUAAUUUCAUUUUAGCUGUACAGUUUUCUUUUUUGCAGGUUGGGGUGGGGGGUUGGGGGUACGGUAGGAGGGGCAAUGAUGUUACACUGAGGGUGGGUUUCAAUUUGGAGGAGGAAGGGGCAUAAAUGUAAAUCUGGCAUAAUUUUGAUAAGGGCACCUAGUGUGUCAUGAUUUUGUAAUCAGGUCAGUCGUGAAGGUCUGGGCAGUAGAUAUCUGUGGAACAGAGCACCAAAUAAACACCAGGUCAGUGCUAAGCAAGCAGUGUCAAUUAACUUAUAUACCCCAAAACAAAGACAAGAAAAUCACUAGACACGGAAUGCUAUUCUUGUUCAUACUGUGCUGCACCCUGGUCUAUUAGAACAUGACGUAGGCCAGUUUAGCUACCCCCUACAUUAACCAAGAAACUGCACUUACCUAUAUUUGUAUUUUGAGUCCUUCACAUACCUGUAUACAUUACAUGGCAUUAUUCUGACAUUAGCUGCUUUGGUCAUGAUCUGCAUGGAACACAUUGAAACGCUAUAAACAUAAUACACUGUCGAACUGUUUGCAUAAGCUCUUCCAUUCGUAUUCGCUCCAUAUUCACAUUUUUGCCCUUAAAUGUUUUAAGUCAUGCCUUAACUAGCAUGCUCAUUGCUGUUCUAAUGUACUACAUCUUUAAGAAUCGAGCUUAAAUUAAAAGGCAGGAAGUGAAGUGAAGAGAAGUGAAAUUCAGAAUUCGAACAGAAAGCAUAUGAAACCAUUUAUCAGAAUUCGCAGUCAUUCAGCUCGAGUCCGAGAUGAUUGUUGUUUUUGAAAUACUUCAGAGUUACAGAACUGAAUCAGCUCAUUUCCUCUGUACUGCCCUGGAUUCCAUUCUACAGCCCAAACAUGUUCAAAGACUUCAGUAAUGAUUAAGCAUGAGCUACUAGGAGGGCAGGUCAGGGUUAUCCUGUAAGUUAAAAAUGACAGACACACAUCAGAAACGAUAGGGCUUAGAUAGGGCGAUAGAGUUGAUUGUUUAUAUUCCUACUUGUGCUUUCCUUUUUGUAUUAUCAAAUAUUCGAAAAUGAUAAAAAAAAUGAUCUGCAUAUUGAGCAAAAAAGCAAGUUGGUUUCCGGCAUACUUUUCUAUUCGUCUUUUUCCCCAGCACAUUUAUCUACAUAAGGUCAUUGUAUUCAGAUUAUGUAUAAACAACUUAAGCCUUUCUUAAAGUUGACCCAGGUUGAUACUUUACCCCAAGAGUUUCAUAAGCAAACAAUGACUGUAAGAGGAAGGAGGUAAAGAAGAGCAGCUUGUAACAUUUGAGGGAUGGGGCCGCAGUUUCGUUUUACUGUUGUUUCUGUGUGAUCAGCUUUUGUUAUUUAUCAUUUUUUAUAAUAACCACUUUCAUUUAGCCUUUGUUUCUUUUUUAAACCAAAUAUAUAUGAUUGAAGAUGACACGCUGUAAAAAUGAUUUCUGUUAACUAUGAUUUUAGAUUUAUUUGUUUUUCAUCUGUAUGUAUCUUUUUCCUCCGUGAAAGCACACUGUUGUUCACGUGACACAGCUGGACGACUCUAGAAUCACUAUGUUGUUGAAAGACCCUGUCAUUUUUACCCACUUCCCUCAACAAGUUGCGAGCCUUGUUAUUUUCCUCAAAUAACAAGUUCUUUGAGAUGGAUCAACUGCAUGUCGGAACAGCAAACUGGAAUUAUGAUAUUUAACAGUUUACUCGAUGGCUACAAAAACAUUCACCGUUCUUCUCUGAAACAACCAGUGAUUCUAGACUCUCUAAUUGGCAUCAUGGAUGCAGAUUAACUACAUUUGGAUAAGAGCAUAGAAAGGACUAUGCAGACAUGGGCUAGAAGUUGGGAUGGGGUUUGUUUUGGUUAUAACACUGUUAUUGUUUUACCUACUGAGUCUUUUGUGUAGUGGAGAGUGUUCUAAUUAAUUGGUAUGAAUUCAUUGUCCUAUAGAAACAUCUCUGGGAAUCAUCAUGUGGGAAAGGGAAACUCCCAUUUUAAACACUGGAAAAAUAAAUAGUAUAUAAUAGCAAUUUGUAAAGCCCUUUGUUUCCGACUUGUAUGCUUAAUUUUAAUCUGAAUGUUUUUGAGAUCAUUUACUGAUGUACAUUUUGCAAAACGUAGCAAUGGGUGUGCUUUAGCUUUAUGGGAAAUACAUUCAUACCAAUGAAUCUGGGCACUCAACAUGCUGUAGGUAAAAAAGUGUGUGUUUUUUCUAAGCGGUAUAUGUAUGUCUUAACUACUGAACAGUUUCUUAUAUUCCUGUACCAAUUGAACCGGUCUUACAAGAAAGAACAUAUGAUGUCAUAGCUUGUCGUUCAGAUUGCUCAAAUUGUUUAUGCCCUCCAGGUAUACUGUAUAUUUUGUGGUACGCAUUUGUGAACUUUGUAGCUUGUCUUCUGAUUGGAACUGUGUAGAAUUUAUACUGCCAAAAAAACAAAUUCCAAAAUAUGUGCCUCCUGUUUUAUGUUAUCUCAAAUAAUUGAUUUUAAAUGUUCAUUCUAUUGAGUUUCCUUUAAGGCUUUCUUGUUUAUUCUUUUUUUGCUAAUAAUGCGGAUGUAUGUGGCUGAAAAAUACACCUGUUUAAAUGGUCAGGUAAGUGUAUGGUGCAUGAUUUUGUUAAUCAUUAAACUAUGCGAAACCCCCUUAAGGUA